UCAAAACGAAGCCUCACACUUUCAAGGACCCUUUUCUUCUGCUUCUUUUUUUUAGGGAACUUCAAAUAAUUUCGACGAGACAAGAAUGGAUUGUUCUUUUUGUAAAAAGGCAAAAGUUGAAUUGAGAGCCCAAUAUUCAUAUUCAAACCCUGGCGGAGUCGUAAUCGUUGUAACGGGGAAAUCAACAACAUGAUGAGCUUGAUGAACAAAGACAGAAAUGCAGGAACCAUAUCCCUAGCUGAUGCAAAUUGGGGGACUACAAGUGCUACAAGGUGGAUCAAGAUAGGGAAAGAGAAAGAAGAAAGGCUGAAAGAGAGAGAAGAAAGGUGCACUGAUUAUCUUGGCGGAUUAGCUAUUGCAUUAAGGCAGGGAAGUUACUCAGAUAUCCAAAUCAAGCCCAGCGAUGGACCUUCAAUACCUGCACAUAGAUUUUUGCUGGCAACUAGAUCUGAGGUUUUCAAAAACAUGCUAGCAUCGGAUACUUGCAAAGCAGCACCAGUUGACUCCGUAUCCCUCCCUGAAUUUAAUCACGAAGAGCUUGAAAUCUUCUUGGAAUUGCUUUACUGUGGAAGCUUGUCUAAGGAAAAGUUUGAGAAACAUUUUUUCUGCCUAGCAGUUGCAUCUCAUAAGUAUGCGAUUCCACAUUUGCAGAAGUUUUGCGAAGAACAUAUAUUGAAGUUGUUAGAUUCUUCAACUGCACUCAAAGUUCUGGAGAUCUCAGAAAUUACUUCUAAUGAGACAUUAAAAGUUGCUGCCUUGGAAUCAAUACUCAGCCACUCAGAAGAGAUAUAUUUCUCACCUGGUUAUGAAGAAUUUGGCAGACAGAACCCGCAUUUGCUGGUACAUAUCACAAGGGCCCAUAGCAUUAGUGAUAAGAAGCGUAAAGUGUAAUGGGUAUUGGAGCUGAAGAUUACAAGUGUCUUAGACUCUUAAGCAAAUAGAACUUCAUGCUUCUGUGGCAUUUAACAUGAUAAUUUGUUUAUUAAUCAAAUAGGAGUAGCAUGCAUUUUGUUGCACAGUUUAGGCUUGGAGCAUACCACAUCAGGUGUGUUGGUUGAAUCAUUUGUUACGUCCCUUGCUCGCAUUUUGAUAGGUGUUCAUAUCUCCAAUAUAGUUUUUUUGUAGAAACGUUAAUAUCCUUUUUCUUUUCUUUUUUUCCUUUUUUGCAGAACAGUUUUUCGCUUUUUUUCACUUUACUAUAAGCUUGAUUAAA